AUGCAAAGGUCUUACAACAGCAGUGGGAACGUGUCCUACAAGCGUACUGGCUGGUACCUUACGGCGGUGUCCGAUCACCUCAUCACCUUUCACAAGAAGCCAAAAAGUGGCGCGGAUCACCGUCGCGUGACCUUUGUCGGCUGGAACGAUCUUCUGACUCGAAUGGUAUGGCGGUAUCUCUCUGUGACAGAGUAUGACCAGCAAUCCCAGCUCUCUUCUGAGUGCCUUACAUACAAGGAGGAGGGCCCAAAAGGCUACAUUGACCCUUUCGUCAAAGUCGAGGAUGAGUUCUACUUGAAAUCCAAAGACGUGCCUCAGCUGUGGAGAACACGCGCCAGCUUCACCGACCAUGGAACGCAGCUGACCGGCACCAUGUUUACAGAGGCGGAUGGCAAAAACGCGAUUAAUGCGACCAUUGUGUCAAGAGGUCUGGAUCACGAGACCCGGUAUACUUUCAUGUACAGCCAUCAUGUCAACUCAGCGGUUUCAUAUCAUGAUGAAAUUAUUUGGAAGCUCUACGAGGGAAGCUGCAAGACGGUGCCCAGCUUCAGGAAUGUGCCGGAAGUCUGCGUUGACGAUCUGCUGGCAGUGGAGUAUGGAUGUGGGUAUGCUGAGCUGCCCACCAACAACGGCCGGGAGCAAGAAUAG